UGUGCAUCCAACUUGAAGUACUUUUUUUGUCUUCUCCGCUUGGCGCCUGGAAUAGCUAAGUAGCUAACGUUAGCGGAGUGGUUACUAGUGUUGCUGUUAGGCUGCACACACGGAGCGUGAGUCUGUGAGGCUAUUGCUAUCAUCGUGUAAUUGGUUUGAUAUCGUGUUUAGAAAACUUGAAUAACGAAGCAUUGUUUUUCACCCUUUUCCACUGUUUGAGACUGCAGUCCGAUACUUACCGCUUCUGUAAGUACGCUCUAUAAGUGCUAGCAAGGUAGCCACCGAACAAGAUGGACAUGGAGAAAAGAAUUAACUUAGAGCUUCGGAACAGGAAGCCGGCAGAGGUCAAAGAACUGGUUCUGGAUAAUUGCCGUUCUGAUGAUGGCAAGAUUAUGGGUCUUUCGUCUGAAUUUCUGAACUUGGAAUUCCUCAGUAUGAUCAAUGUCAAUCUGGUUUCCCUUGAUAACCUGCCAAAACUCCCCAAACUCCGGAAGCUGGAGCUGAGUGACAAUCGGAUCUCGGGGGGGCUGGAGGCCCUCGCUGAGCGGGCACCUUCCCUCACGCACCUCAAUCUAAGUGGAAACAAGAUCAAAGACCUCAGCACCCUGGAUCCCCUGAAGAAGCUGGCUGCGCUGAGCAGUGUGGACCUGUUUAACUGCGAGGUGACCAUGCUGCUGGACUACAGGGACAGCGUGCUGGAGCUCUUGCCUCAGAUCACCUACCUGGACGGCUUCGACGCCGACGACGAGGAGGCCUUGGAUUCAGACCCGGACUGCCUGGACGAUGAGCUCGAUGAGGACGAAGAUGGGCUGAGUGAGGAUGAGGAUGGAGACCUGGAUGUGGAAGAGAAUGAUGAUGACGAUGACGACGAUGAUGAGGACGAUGACGACAAUGAUGUUGAAGCUGGCGAUGAUGAUGAUGAUGAAGAGGAAGACAGCGACGAAGAGGAAGAGACCAGCCGGGGAGAGAAGAGGAAGAGGGAGGGCGAUGGAGAGGAGGAAGAUGACGAUGAUGAUGUUGAGAAUGACGACGACGAAGAUGACAGUGAUGAUGAUGAUGAUGAUGACGAAUGAGCUUCUUUACUCAGACUAGGGUUCCUCUGGGGUGGUUUUCAUGAAAUACACUGGGGUGCAGCUGCUUCAGGGAGAGUCGGGGGUUAGGGUGAUAUUGGGUAGAUUUGGGAAAUGUGGCUGUUAGAUUGGUUCUCUCUUCCACCAGCGCUACGACCACACACACACAACACACACAAACAGAAAUCAAACCUCAGGCCUGUGCUCGGCGGUCGGACUUUCUCAUACUGUACAUAUCUUAUAUGGGGCAUGCCCCCGCCAAGGCGUAACUUGGCGGGAUGGCAUACCUGCCAUCCCAAUUUUUGAAAACUUGAAUAUUUUCUGAGUUUGUAACUUUCUAUGUCAGCACUUCCAUUGUGCUUUCCUUUAACAUAACAAAGAUACUUUGAAUUUGUGAGAUGCCUGUGAUUUUUUUGCAGUAUUAUGUGGCUGGGAUCGGGUGUAGAGUGACAUCUGUGUCGACAGUGAACCUGCUAGGCAACAGAGAUCUCCCUCUCACACAUGCGGAUGUGCACAGUGCAGUCGCAGCUGGGGAAAUGUAAAUAAUACACUGUAUAGAUUUAACACACUCGCAUUUUUAAAUGCCAUUCUGCAGUGGUUUUAGCCAACUGUCUUGAUUUUUUUUAAACUGUGUCAUAUUAAAAGAAUGAUCAGUUCUGUGGAAGUGA